AUGGCCGACGAGAACAAAAUCGAUUUGCGGCCAGUAAAUGUGUCGGAGCAGCCAGUCGCAAUGGACAAGACAAGCUCAGAAACGUCCAGUCUCGAGAAGCAGACGAGGACACGCCGACUCUUUUCCUCGUCGCAGCUGUUUGCCUUUAAUAUUGUAUAUCUGGGAACAUGGUAUUACACGGCCGGGAAUAUGUACUUUGCCCUAGCAAACGGAGGGCCGGCAGCAUGGUUCUUCAGCUACAUUAUCGUCUCCUUUGGCGCGCUCUGCCAGACUGCCUCUUUUGCCGAGAUGGCUUCCAUCCAGCCGAUUGCUGGUGCCCAGUAUUAUUGGACAUAUCAUUUUGCUCCCGAAUCGCUCAAGCUCUUCCUCACAUGGCUACAAGGGUGGACGACCUGGUUUGCCUACGUCGCCCUGCUCGCCAGCUGUCUGAAUGGCAACACCAUCAUCUUCGAAGGCCUGAUCCAACUUGCGUACGAGGACUAUGUUCCCGGCGGAUGGCACACGGCCGUCAUUUUCAUUGGCACCUUGUGGUUUUGCGCCCUUGUCAACAUGUACGCUUUCCGGCUGGUGCCGUGGUUUGAGCUACUCAAUGGCAUCAUGAAUGGCUGCCUUUUUGUGAUAUUCAUUGUCAUGCUUUGGGUCAUGUCGCCUCGCAACAACCCGGAUGUGUUUCUCAUCACGAAUAUAUCGACUGGAUGGGACAAUUAUUUUGUCUCGGCCAACAUCGGUGCAUUGUCGAACAUUUUCCUGUACAUUAGUUUUGAAAGUAUAAUCCACAUGGGCGAGGAAACAAAGAGUCCGAAAGUGGCGGUUCCUCGUGCCCUUUUUUGGUCAAUCGCGACCAAUGCCGUGCUGGGUCUGAUUAUGAUCAUUACCUUUGGUAUUUGUAUGCCAUCGCUCGACGUCCUAUUGAACGCCUCCAGUCCACUCGUCACGAUCAUGGUGCAUGCCGUCGGAACAAAAGCCACCAUCGGCCUCAUAUCCUGUCUAGUUCUCAUGGGCAUCUCGGGCAACAUGGGAGUCGUCUCCUCCGUAUCUCGUCUGACGUGGGCCUGGGCCAGAGACGGCGGUUUGCCGCACUAUUUCGGCCACGUCGACGCGAAACAGCGCGUGCCCCUCCGUGCCAUCAUUCUGGCCUGUUCCAUCGGCUCCGCGCUGGCGCUCCUCAACAUUGGCAGCGGGACCUACAUUGCUCUCGGCGCCAUUGUCUCGCUGUCUUCGCUGGCGGCGUAUCUGAGCUACGCCAUUGUGCUGGCCUGCGUCCUCUACGCGCGCUUCGCGGGUGCGGCCAUCAAGUUCGGGGAGUGGAACAUGGGCCGGGUUGGUCCUCUUGUUAAUUUCGUCGGGCUGUUGUAUACCGUUUGGGUCAUGAUCUGGUUGCCAUUCCCCAACAAUCUGCCAGUAACCUCGGCCAAUAUGAAUUACUGCGGCCCUGUAUUUGAAGCGGUGCUGGUUGGGACCAUUGGCUUGUGGUUUGUCAGGGCGAGAAAGCACUGGCAAGGGCCCAACCGGGCGAUUAUUAAUUUUGUUUUGCGCGAAUGA